GUUCAGUGUGCUCAGGGCCGAAGCCAGCAGGACUGUUUGUGGUGUUUCUGACCCGUCUCACCUCCUCAGAGAUGGACUCUGUGUCCCAGACUGUGACCAAGGCUACUACACACAACAAGGAACCUGUUAUGCGUGCGAUUCGUCCUGCGCUACCUGUUACCCUGACAACCCCAAGUGCACGAGCUGCCCCCAGGGCUCUGCUAUGCAUCAUGGGAAAUGUAUUUCCCACUGUCCAGAACAGCAUUACAUAGACGACCAUGGCCGCUGCAGAGCCUGUCACAGCUCCUGCUGGUCCUGCUCCGGCCCCUCUGUGUCCCAGUGUACCCUCUGUUCCCAGGGACUGUCUCUACACCAGGACCAGUGUCUGGAGACCUGCGGAGAUGGGCUGUACCACCAGGAUCAGACCUGUCACAUCUGCCAUCCGUCUUGUAGGGGAUGUCUAGGUCCUCUGGCCUCUGACUGUCUGAGGUGUCUCAAACCAGAGGAGGCCCUUCUGCCGCAGAACAGUCACACACACAGAGCAACACCACACGGAGUGUGUGUGGACAGAUGUCCCGCUCGCUUCUACCUGGAUGCUCUACACACCUGCAGAGGCAAGUAG